CUCUUCAUCCAAACAGCAGUAGUUCAAAAAACACAAGAAAGGAUCUUCUUGCAGACCUAUUCUCUCUAUAUACAGGUAUAGGAAAAGCCACAGCAUCAACAUCGGACGCACAAUGCCAACAAUCCCGCUCCACCCACGCGUCUCCUCUCCCACCUCUCUCCCCAAUCCCCUCCCCCAGGUCCUGCAGACGCCAACUGGACUCGCAAUCCUCGAACUCCAAGGCACAAUCAAUGUCCCAUCGCAAGAAGCUGAAGACGAAGCUACGACCUCAACCAACGAGACUCAUGAUCCCUCAAUUCCUACAUUCGAGACCCCAGUUGGCAAGCUCAUGUUCCCCGAUUAUUCGCCGCAAAGGACUGCGCCUGACGACACGAAAUGGAUGAAGAGGGUUUAUCUAUAUGUUGGUCGAUACCAGCGCAUGACGGGUGAGGUGAAGAAACUGGCGCAGCCGCUCGCUUUGGUGCAACGGCGUCAAAAAGAGACCUCUGACUCCAAUGGCGAAGAACUGGAAAUCGUCGAGAUCAUCAAGUAUAAGCUGUUCUUUAAGAAUCGGCCUGAGCCUGUCAAUGAUAGUUGAUUUGCAUCGGCACUAGACUAUGUCAUGAGUCGGGUAGAGGAUUGGUUGGUGCCCUGGGUGUCGUGGUAUGGUAUUCUGGCAGAUUGCGACCUCACGAUUCACGUGGACGAAUACUGCCGUUUACGUACAAUGCUAGGAUGUGC